AUGGAACUAUACCAAAAACUAGUCAAUGUAGAAUUUGUAUCGCAAAGUUAACAGGUUCAAAAAAAGAAGCGUAUAACUAUUCUACUUAUGGUAGUACUACGAAUUUGUGUAAUCAUUUAAGAAAACAUGGAAUCAAUGAGAAUAAUUAUAAAAAAUUUCUUAACGAACAUAACAAGUUACGAGAUCCUAAUUAUCAAGUUAUAGAUUCUACAGAUGCUGAUAGUAUUAUUGAUUCUUUUCGACAAGAAAAAAUUACUCGUUUAUUAGUUACUUUUAUUAUAUGUGAUGUUCAACCAUUAAUAUUAUUAAAACGUCCAUCGUUUAAGGCAUUCGUUCAAGAAUGUGCAUCUGGCUAUACUAUUCCUUGUGAAAAAACUGUAAAAAAAAUUAUUCAUGGGGCAUAUACUUGGACUCAAGAACAAAUAAAAGCAUUAAUCGAAAAUACAACACAAACUAUUAAUUUUACAACCGAUCUUUGGACAGCUAAAAAAAUACUUUUGUCUUGUCAUUAUCUUCCAUAUCCACAUACUGGCGAAGCAAUUAGAGAUGAAUUAAAAAAAGUUAUUCAAAAUUGGAAUUUAGAUAGCAAA